AUGGAAAUGCGGCGUUGCUGGAAGAGAAAAAGCGAAUUCGGGAAGAACGGCAUCGCGUUGGGAAUCCGGAAAGAGAAUAUCAUUCAGCAGUUCGAUGUGAUCCACACGCGAAAGAAGCUUGUGGAAUUGACGCCGUGGAACUUCGAUUAUAUCGUAAACGGAGACUACAAUGUGAUGGUGAUGUUCGAUUCCAAUGAGUGCUUCAAAUGCAAAUUCUUGCGGCUGAUUUAUAUAAAUGCAGCAAAGAAGGGAUUGGACGGUGUGAUCUUUGCGCGAAUUAACGGAGAUAAGUAUCCUGGAUUUAUCGGGGAUUAUAAUAUCGAUCCGGAUUUAGCGACGGCGUGGUUCCAGAAGGGAAAAGACGUGACUGUAGGGAUGGGGGAGAGCGAUAAGGAUAGGAAUAUGUAAAUGCGGAGAUCACGACCAAUGUGGACUCGAUUCUGAACUUCGCGAAGGAACAUAUGACGCCGGUGGAGCCUGGAGAGGAAUAUGAGGAGCCGAAGGUGCCUGAACUGGAAUACAAGGAUCCGGAGGAUAUGUCUGAUAUGGAGAUUGAGUUGU